AAUCUCAAGAUCGUGGCCGGCCUAGUAUGCAGACAAAAACGCAAGAGGUCUCCCAUCCUGGUUGGCCUUCGCAUCUAGUCGCAGUAUUACGGUACAGCGCCAAACAAACACGGAAGAGCUUCAGCUGGGAUCAGAUUUAUUCGUAUGCCGUAUCACAAUUGUCGUGUAAAAUAUGUCUUUUCGUAAUAUUUCCAAAGAGGCACUGGCUGGAUCCAUUACACUGGGAGUUGUUUUAGUCGCCGGCUAUUUCUUUGGGAAAAAGAAAUCUUCCAAAAUGAGCAUCUCUAAAAGUCACGCCGAGGGAAAAGACAACCCACUGCUGCAGUACGUCCUCAAUAACUCCUUGAGGGAGCAUCCGGCCCUGAAAAACCUCAGACUGAGGACAAUGGAACACUCCUUGAACUUCAUAAUGGUCGCCUGUGAGCAGUCGCAGUUCAUGGCCAAUCUGGCAAAACUAAUCAAAACCAAGAAAGCAUUAGAGAUUGGAGUAUACACAGGCUACAACACACUGAGCAUUGCACUGACUCUGCCUGACGAUGGAGUUAUAGUCGCAUGCGAUAUCACUGAAGAAUUCACCAACAUUGGUAAACCCUUCUGGAAAGAGGCUGGAGUCGAGCAAAAAAUUGAUUUACGCAUUCAGCCAGCACUGAAAACUCUAGAUGAUCUCUUGUCAGAUGGCCAGGCUGAAACAUUUGACUUUGUCUUCAUUGAUGCAGACAAAGUUAACUAUGACAACUACUUCGAAAAGUCCCUGAAACUGUUGAGGAAAGGGGGCAUCAUUGCUAUCGACAAUGUGCUGUGGAGUGGAAAGGUGGUGAAUCCAUCCCCUGGCGACACAGACACUCUCGCCAUCGACAAGCUCAACAAGAAGUUGCACCGAGAUGCUCGAAUCAGCCUGAGUAUGCUCACAGUGGGAGAUGGCCUUACAAUAGCUAUUAAACUAUAGGACAGAUGUCCAAUUAGUGCAAUGAUUCAUAGCCUGUAGACAGUGUCUUUUUUAAAGUGAGGUGAACUAUUAGAUAUGUGAUGGUAGCUGAAACAUGUUAUUAUCUUAGCUCAUGUUUCUGGUCACUAUCACUCCAGUGGCAGUUAUUUUACUUCACAAUCAGUAAUAUUAAAGUUUUUGUGAAAUGUGGGAAUUUGAUUAAAAAACUACAUGCCAUAUGUUUUUGUAGUGCAUCAAUUAACCAAAAUUGAUUUUAUACAAUUCAUCAUGCUGUGUUAGGCAUUGUUGUAAAAUGAAAGGCGAUGAAGGUUGAUUUCAGGACUUUAUGGCAAAGGAUAGACGCACACCAACACACAAAUGGGUUCCUGAUUAGUGUCACAAUCCUCAGAAAUGGAAGCAAAAGUGGAUAAUUCACUCAGAUAAUCAUUCACUCAAGUAAUACUGAGGAAAUGAGGGAAUCGCUUUAGCAUUGCCUUGCAACUUAACGGGUAUAUAAGGUUGGUAGGAGAUCUCAAACUCAUCACACAGCAUAAUUAAGCCUCUAGAAAGAUAAGUGAACACCAGCCACUACAUUGGAUUUGAGCUUGAUAAGCAUAUUUUGUUGGAGUAAACCUAACAGGU